CCCCGGUCCUGCGGGGCGCCCCAGGGACUUGGACUUGGCUGAACUCACCCCGCUGAGACUCAGGCCUCGUGGAUACAUGGCAAGCAAAAAACGAGAAAUCCAGUUACAGGCGGCCAUCAAUAAUCAAAGCCUGUGGGAGGAGAUGCUGCAGAACAAAGGCCUAACAGUGAUCGAUGUUUACCAAGCCUGGUGUGGACCUUGCAAAGCAAUGCAAACCUUAUUCAGAAAAUUGAAAAAUGAGCUGAACGAAGAUGAAAUUCUGCAUUUUGCUGUAGCGGAAGCUGACAGCGUUGUGACUUUGCAGCCAUUUAGAGAUAAAUGUGAACCUGUUUUUCUCUUUUGUGUUAAUGGCAAAAUUGUUGCAAAAAUCAAGGGUGCAAAUGCACCACUUGUGAGUCAAAAAAUUAUUACCUUGAUCAAUGAGGAGAGGAAAAUUGCAGCAGGUGAAAUGGUUCGCCCUCAGUAUCAUGAAAUUGUGUUUGCAGACUCAGAUUCAGAAGAUGCUGGGGAAGCAAGCUAUGAAAGUGUUGACCAACUAUACAGCAUUGCCAUUAUCAAACCCAAUGCUGUGAUUGCUAGAAAAGUUCAAGAAAUUAAAGAAAAAAUUAUCGAUGCAGAAUUUGUCAUAGAAGCAGAAGAUAAGAAACUGCUCACUGAAGAACAAGUUAGGUACUUCUAUAGCCGAAGAGCAGACCAGCCUGACUUUGAAGAUUUUGUUUCUUUUAUGACAAGUGGCCUAAGCUAUAUUCUAGUUGUAUCACAAGGAAAGGAAAAACAGCCUUCCUGGGAUGAAAGUGAAUCUAAUUCUGAGACGGAAUCUAAAGAACCAUGGGAUGACCACCAGGAGACAGCCAAGUCCUCGGGGAUGAAGCAGAAGAGGGAAAGUUUCCAAGAAUAUCUGGAAAGACAACAAAUAUCUCAGUUUUGUGAUGUUGAAGAGAAUAUAAGUAAUACUAAGUUUAUUGAUGUCUUCAUCCCUCAUUUUAAAAAAAUUAAAGGCAUAAAAUUAGAAAAGAUACUGGCAUUACUUCGACCAGCCCUCUUUAAUGAAAGGAAAGAGGAUGUUUUGAAUAUUAUUCAAGAUGAAGGCUUUAAAAUACUGAUGCAGAGACAAAUAGUGUUAUCAGAAGAAGAAGCAAAAACACUGUGCAUGGAAUAUGAAAAUAAAGAUUAUUUUGGAAAUCUUAUAGAAAAUAUGACCAGCGGUCCAUCUCUAGCCCUUGUUUUAGUAAGAGAAAAUGGUUUAGGACACUGGAAACAGUUAAUUGGACCAAGCACUGUGGAAGAAGCCAAAGAAUACCUUCCAGACAGAGUAGGACUGAAGUCAGGGGAAGAAAAGCCCUCUUUUAAGUGAGCAAGCAUAAAGAUGCUUUAUCAGGCACAGCAAACUUGCAUACCCACUGACACAAUAAAUAACAGGACUAAUGAAACA